AAUUAAAAUACAAAAACAACAACAAAUAUACAAAAUAUUUAUAAUAAACAAUAUAGUUAAUUAAUAAAAUAAAUAAUGGAUAAUUUAUUUGGUAAAGAUGACUCGGGUAAUGAUAGUGAUUUAAAUAAUCUUGACAAUUCAAAAGAUAAAUCUAUGAAUGAUAGUAAAGAUGAUUCAAUUGAAAUUGAUGAACAUGACAUAAAGCAAGAAUUAAGCUCUUCUGAAAAUGAACAUAAUGUAGAUUUAAAUCGUUCAAUGUCAAUUGAAGAUAGUGAUGUUACUCUUCCACUUGAUAAACCAACAAAAUUAUCAACAAUGAAUUUAGAUAAUAGUCAUGAUGAUGAUUUAUUUGAUACAGAAAUGAGUUUAUCAAAAUUACCUGAACCACAAAUUAUCAAAGAUAGACGAGAGAGUAAAGAAAAAAAUAAACGUGAGCUAGAAGAAGAAGAGCGUGAAAAAAUGCAAGUUUUAGUGUCGAAUUUUACGGAAAAUCAAUUGGAUCGUUAUGAAAUGUUUAGAAGAUCAGCAUUUCCAAAAGCAUCAGUUAAAAGAAUUAUGCAGACAAUAACAGGUUGUUCUGUAUCACAAAAUGUUGUCAUUGCAAUGUCUGGAAUAGCUAAAGUAUUUGUUGGAGAAAUUGUAGAAGAAGGUCUUGAUGUAGAAGAAGCUGCUGGUGAUACUGGUCCACUUCAACCAAAACAUCUUCGUGAAGCUGUACGAAGGCUACGACUUCAAGGACAAAUACCAACAUCUCGAUCACGCAAAGCUUUUUUAAGACUAUAA